GGCAUGAAACUAGCAGCGUGCUAGGGUUACCAGCCCUUCCCCCUCCACCCCGGAGCGAAAAAUUCCUCCACGCGCAGCCGUCAAUUCGCUCUUCUCCGAUUGCCCCGACGUCGACUUUCUCUGUCGGCUGACCCGUACCACGUGCCGCCGUCGUGCCGGAGCUCCGCCCCGAAGCUAGCUGCUACCAGUCGCCUCCAGCAAGCUCCAGUUCAACCCGCCUGCCGCCUCCACGCCCUCCGUCUGUGGCACGCCCCGCCUCGCCCCCGAGCUCCGCUCCGUCCUCGACAACUGCAAGGCCUCCGCCUCCGAGUUCUGCUCGACCCUCAUCUCCUUCGACUGAAAGAGAUCGAGCCCCGCCGCACCUGCACCGUCUGCGACAUUGACCGCGGCUUCGCCGAGACGCGGCUGUUCGUCGUUGUCGUCUUAGACAGCACAGCGAGAUGGAGAAGGAAAGCUUGGCUCCAAGUUUGUAUACAGGCCAAACAUUCAUGGAUGGUUUUGCUGAGAUCCGGGAUAUCCCCUCAGAAUAUCGUUGGAAAGAAGACAAGAAGGAGAUGAAGGCGGAUGAAUACCAUGGAUUAAGUUACCAUGAAGUGUUGGGCAAAUUCUUGUCAGCCAAGGAACAAAAUUACAUGGCAUCUACUUCGGCUACGAUUCUUGGGGAGACAAUGGAUUUGGUGAAGCCACUGUGCACCAAGGAUGACGUUUUUCGCGUUCGUGUGGAGAUGCACCGUGCAAAGGAGAUUUACACUAAAGAAGAGACCCUCUUCAAGAGUGAGGCCGUACAGGACGAGCUUCUCGUGAACGAUGGUCUCUCUGCGACUUCCUAUGCGCACUUCUUCCACAAGGAUCCCUCUCCACGCUGCGACUACUAUAAACCUACCACCUUAGAAGGUGAUAUUCAGUACAUAUUUUUUUUUGACAAACUGGUGGAGUUAACAAGAUAUAGAGAAACCAGAGAUAUGGUGUUUGCUAGGGCUAUCACCAUUGCAAGGAGUGGUUUCAGAAAAAUGCUCUUUUUCCAAAUUAAGAUUGGCGUCGAUCAGUGUUUAGAACUGAUGCUCCGGGGAGAGAAGAUGUGGCAGAGAAAAGAGGUGUAUUAUCACAUAGUGUAUGAAACUGUUUUUGGAAACAAUAAGCGUGAAGAUGUUAUCAAGCAUAUCCAGGAGGGACAAGUUCAGCUUUUCUACGAUCUUAUUGAGUUCGCCCGCCUAGAUGAGGAUGACUAUAAAGUUAUUGUAGAAGAGACGCUUGAUCAUCUCGUUGAGCUAUCUCGUGCCAAGUUGCCCUCGAAGGAAAGCAUUAAGAAUGGUGCUUACAAAAAGAUGAUUUCUGAGGAGCUCAAUAAGCUGUUCCCAAGACGUACUCGGCUUUAUACGCAUUUUCUCAAGAAGAAGAUAGAGACCGCCGAAAAAUAUGGCCUGAUAAGCGAGGGAGCUUCUAAAGAUCUUGAUAAAAGGAGAUUCUGUAUUACACCAUAAACUUCCACAUUUCCACAUUUGAGAGGGAAGCAAGCAGUUAUACCUAAUUGGAUGCAUUAUCUACUAUUUGCACAGGAAAGUGCAUCGUGAUGGCGCUUAUUAUAAAAUAAAGGAUGACAUGCAAGGGAGAUAAAGAGGCGACAGGAUGAAUUCAUGCUUCUGUGUGAGGAGCAAGGGUUGGAACAUUUGAAUAUAUAUAUGGGUUUAAGCUAGUGGGUUCGAACAUAUAUGUAUGUAUUGAGGGCCUGUUCGGAAUUCCGCUAGCUCCGCAAAAUCUCCGGAGUUGCAGAGCCAGGAAACCGCAGCUCCACGAUUUUCAACAGUAACUCCCCCCGCUCCGGUAGUGGAGUCGUGGAGCGGAGGUCCUCCGAGCAGGGCCUUACUUUGACCCUAACAGGCUAUUUGAAGUACCUUAAUUAUUGGCCUACCAUCGUUACAAAUUGUGCUCUAGUUUUUCUUAACUGGCCAUUAUAUUACUCCUGCUUGAUGGAA